AUGCGGCCGGGGUACGGAGACGCACGACAGCCGCUGCCGGGGCGGUACGGGCUGUACCACUUCGGCACCAGCGGCGCCGCCGUCACCGCCACCAUCGCCGUCACCCAUCCACUCGAUGUUAUCAAAGUCAGGCUUCAAAUGCAGCUUGCUGGGCAAAGAGGAAACUUAGUUGGAAUGGGAACAAUAUUUACACAAAUGGUUGAAGCGGAAGGGACUCGAUCACUCUACCUGGGACUUGCACCAGCGUUGACAAGAUCUGUUGUCUAUGGUGGCCUUCGUUAUGCAUUUGGUUCAACAAACUUUGCUUUUAAAUUUGCAUCUGGAGUCAUUGCUGGGGGCCUUGCAACUGCUUUAGCAAAUCCCAUGGAGGUUUUGAAGGUGAGGUUGCAGAUGAGUAAAAGCAGUACCAGUACAAUAGGCGAGAUGAGGAAAGUUUUAGCGCAUGAAGGGUUCAAAGCACUUUGGAAAGGAGUUGGCCCAGCAAUGGCAAGAGCAGGUUGCCUCACCGCAUCACAAAUGGCAACUUACGAGGAGGCCAAGCAGGCAUUAAUGAAGUGGACACCACUUGAAGAAGGGUUUCAAUUACACCUCAUGUACAGUGAAUUCUCUAUUUCUAUAUUAUGA